UAUAUAUGCUACCAUAUAAUAACUUUGAUAUAAUCAGAGACAAUUAAACAAGAGAUUGGGAAUGUCAUUCCAAUCUCGUGUUUAUAAAUUACCGGUAUAAUAAAAGUAAAAUAGCGUUGGUCGCAGAAAACUGAUAUUGUAUAAAGUAAAAGUUGAGUUCGAUUGACUGAUACUGUAUAAAGUAAAAGUUGAGUUCGAUUUGACGUAACUCAAGUAAAUUAAACAUAAUGGCGAAAGAAAACAAGGGACUAGAGAAUACUUCAGAUCUUGAAAAUGAAAGUGAACUUGCUGAAAAAUUGAAGCAAAAAUGCAAUUUAAAAGGAAAAGAGAAGUCCCCAAUAGAGACUGCCGAUAUUUUAUUAGAACUAGGGAUUUUGUACACGCGAAAAAGCACCCGUAUCGCUCUAGUUCAAGCCGCUGGACUCUUGAAUUCUGCUUCUUUAAGAAAUGAAUCAGUACGGGACAAGGCUGAAGAAGAGAUUAAUAAUCUUGGGUUGAAGAUCAUAGCUCGUCAUGUCGUGGGUAGUGACUUUACAUUGGUGAAUGAAGCAAACAACAUAAAACACAAGGUUGAAACUAUGCGGAGAAAAGUUCAUGAAAAUUUGGACGUGUUAAAUCAUUUGUCAUCUGGAGAUAAUGAAGCGUCUCAUGUGCGUGAUAGAGCACUUGCUGUUGAAGCUAUGAUGCAAACAGUAGCUGACGAUUAUACCAACAUAAUGAAAACUGUGUCAGAAAGAUGUAUAACUGCUCUCGGAGAACCAAAGUGGAAGUUUUGUCACGUUGGAAUGGGUUCUAUUGCAUGUAGAAGUGUAACACCUUACAGUGACUUUGAAAAUGCAAUAAUUCUUGAAGAUCCAGCUAAAAGGGAAGAUCUACAUGACAUACAGGAGUAUUUUCGUGACUAUGCUGCUCUUUUCCAGAUGAUUGUUAUUGGUUUUAAAGAGAGCCCAUUGCGCUUGUUAGGUAUACCAUGUCUCAAUGACUUUUCAAGUCAAAAUAAAGAAGACAAUUGGUUUUGGGAUGAUUUUACUCCUUGUGGGAUACAGUUCGAUAGCAACAUGCCUAAUGCUGGGAAACAUCCAUUAGGAAUCUCUGUUGAGCUAAUAAGAACUGUCUCUGAAAUGUUAGAGUUAGUUGAAGGUACUGAAGAUGCUGCACAAGAAGGUUAUUUGUCGGAUAUUCUCACUCGUACAUGCUACAUAGCCGGUGACAAUGAUGUGUUUGAUGAAUAUAACAGGAAGUUACUGAAGAAACUAGAAAUACUGCUUGGAACAGAAGAGAGAAAGUUAUCUCAGCAGAUUAUUGUAGAUGACAUGGUAAAGUGUCUUACUACCUUUAAUCUUUUUAGUGCUAUUCCAAGGGCUGAGUAUAAAACAGAUGUGAAAAGCUACAUGUAUCGCGCUGUCACAAUGUUUAUCACACUACUGGGACGACUAAAAAUCAUUGAAGAUACUACUUGCUUUGGAAUCAUUGAAAGGUUGUCACUCAAUGAACAUACAGCAUUAUGUCUUCGCUUUGCUGUUGCUCUCUCCUUUGAGGUGAGAAUAAGAACAGUAAUGAAAGCAAAACAGCAAGACAAGUUCACAGAAAGAGCUUUAAACUUGAUUCCCUACAUAGAAGUUGGUCCAGAAGAAGAAAGAAGAACAUCUGAAGUUUGGGAAGAAAUAGAAUUUGAAAAUUUAAUUCGGUUCUUUGAAAUUGUGUUCGCUUUUCAAAGUGAACUUGGAAGGGUACUGGAAAGUUGGAAGUCUGACUCAGAUUUGAAGCUAAGGUCAAUAACAUUUGGAAAUCAAGACCAUUGGUUGGUUAGAAGUUUAAUAUCCAUACAAUUAAACAAAGAUGAACUAGCGAUGAAUGAGCUUGGGAAAAGAGACCAAGAGGAUCCAAAUCAAGAAUAUAUUUCAUGUCAUAACAAAGCAGUACUACUUCAUAAAGCACAUCGCAUUCCUGAAGCACUGGAAGCAUUUCAAAGAGCAAAAGUGAGUGCAGAGGUAGCAACUGCAUUGGUUGAAAAAUCUGAAAGGCAAUGUGCAAUAGCGUGGUUAGAUUACUGGAUUGGAGAUUGCUUUAUGAAGUUAAACCAAUGUAAACAUGCAGAAGAUGCAUUUCAGAUGUCCCGAAAAAUCUGUGAACCUCUGCUAAAAGGGAACCAAGGAAAAAUGGACAAGCAUGUGAGAAUUGUGGAUUUGAAUUGUCUGACUUCACUUGGCAAUCUUUAUCUAGAUCAAAAAAAUCCAUUGGCCAUAGAUGUUCUGAUGCAAGCAGAAGAAAAGUGCAGAAAAAUUCAUGCAAAUGAAAGUACAGAGUUCUUAGAAAUUCAGAGCAAUAUUGGUACAUGUUAUAUACAAGCUGGUCGCUUUGAAAAGGCCUAUCAAGUAAAGAAACAGGUCUUGGAUGCUUAUUUAAACCUGGAAGACAAAAAUAUUGCUGAUGAAUUGAUUGUGACUGCUCACAGCAAUAUUGGAGACUGUCUGUAUGAGUUGGGAAGAUUUAAGGAAGCAUCUGUUUCUUAUAAAGCAGCUAUUGUUAAUGCAGAAGUAUUGGAAAAACACGGUCGGAUUAGUGGCUGUGAUACGGAAUGUCAGAUUGUUCGAUUAGCUCGCUGUGAAAAUAAGCUUAAAAAUGAUGAUGCAGCUUUAGAUAACGUAACAAAGGCAUUAGAUUUAGCACAAAAAUGCAACCAUGGUGACUGUUGUUCAAAAGUUAUGCAAUGUGCUAAUGUCUGUCUUGACAUUGAGAUGGAUAUAGUAGACAAAAUGCUAAAUUCGUCUCAAAACAAUGAAGUAUCCCUUAUUGUACCUACUUUUAUCUCCAUAAUUCUGGUUUAUAAAAAGCUAGCGAUAGCACCACUGCUUACAACUGCAAAACUCGAAAAAGUGGAAAGAAUAAUUCAUUUGAUCGCCUUCACAAUUAAUAGCAAAAGUGUUUCAAAAGAACAGGCACAAUUAGUGACUGAGAUGUUGGUUUCAAUGCCUGGAAGCAUGAAAUCAGGUGAAAAUGCAAACAAAAUUCCAAAGAUUAUUGGUGACUUUUAUUUGUUAUCGGGAAAAAUAUCAAAAUCAACAGAAUGGUACCAACAUGGGAAUUCACAACAUGAAGAAAAUAAUUUGCCGAAGACCAUGCUUGAAUUGCUAGACACUCUUAUGGUUGCAUUUACAGCUUUCAAAGCAGGGCAAGCUGAAGUUGGCUUCAAGCACUCAACCAUAGCUUUGAGAGCUGCGAAUCAGAUGAAAAAAUAUGAAAUCAUUGAACAGGUGAUUGCUGGCGUUCGGAUGUUUGCUGUUGGAGUUCUAAAUAGUUGCCAAGUAAGCUCAUGUUUGGAGCUUAGUAAAAGAUUGCAGAGCUUUCAGUUGGAGAUGGAAGCCUUAGAACCGACGAAAAACACGUUUAAAAGUCAGAUGCUGAACCACAAUUUACGUGGAAGGUGUUAUUUGAUAACACAGGAAUAUGAUCUCGCAGCAUGUCAAUACCGUGAAAUGGCAGAGAAACUGCAUAACUUUGGGAAAGAUAAACCAGGAUUUGACAAACUUGCUGAAGAAAUGGCAGUCGUGUUUUUGAUUGGGUUAGAAGGUGUAUUAAAUAAAUGUAAAUCAAGUGAGAUGCAUCCAAACCAGCUUGAUGGAUGCAUUCUUAUUUCUAUUCAAACUGUCCAUGUUGUUAACACUAUUUCAACUGGAGUCACACGCAUUAUGCAGGGACUGAUAUCAGUGAUUUUAAACUGUAUUCAGUCAACAAGUGAUAAGGUCGAGUUGUGUCUUAAAAUAUUAGACCUGGCUGCCGGUAAUUUAAAAGAGAACUGCCGAAAUUUAGAAAAGUUGAUACCUGGUGUUGUUAAGAUUUUAUCUGAACAACCUACAAAACCUGCCCAUGUUAAGGAGUGUUUUGAACAACUAUUAAAAACACUGCAAUUCCUUGAUAGUGAAUUAGCACCGCUUUUAAUGCUCGAGUUGUCAAAAUGUUUGAGUGAAUCUAACCCAAGCAAAGCUGCAAAUCUUGUCACAGAAGCAUUUUUUCAAACUUUUAUCGAAGAAAACCAAGAUUCAGCUUUCCUUGCACGAUGCAUUCAUACAUUAACAAACAUAUUGAAAACUUGCAUUGAAAAAGGUGACUCCCAUAAAUCUGUACAAAAUGCAGCAGAAAUGGUUGAAUCUACACUCGUUUCAUUAGAUUCUUUCACUAUAGAACUUUCCUUAGCUGUUGGUUGUUUUAAACCAGUGUACACAAAAUUUACAAAAAAUGUUGUGGAUUAAUUAAACCCACCCAAUUGGAUACAGCUUCAUUGAAAAGUGUAUAUUUUAGAUACCUAUUAGUUUAACUUUUUUACUGUACAAGAAAUUUUAAUUUUUGUGUCUCACUUUUGCACUUAAAGUUAAAUCAAUAUAAAAGCUUCAAAAUUGAAGUGUUGGUUCACUGUUUUAUUUAUAAAAGCGAAAUAAAAAGGUUGUUGGCCUGGCGUGAA